GAGAAGAUAGCAAUGAUAAGAAAAAAUAAGGAAUUACUGAAGGAGUUCCAAGACAUUCUUCCCGACGACCUUCCGAACGAGUGGCUGCCAUACCAAACACACCAACACGAGAUCGUGGAAGAACCAAAUUCGAAGCCGACCUUCCGAGCACCAUAUCGGCUCAGCCCCACAGAGUUAGCCGACAUGAAGAAGCAGAUCGAGUAUCUCCUCGCAAAAGGACGCAUCCGACCAUCCACAUCGCCAUACGGUGCCCCCGUUUUCUUCACACCGAAACCAGACGGAAGCCUGCGCAUGUGCAUCAAUUACCGAUCCCUCAACAAGCAGAACAUCAAGAAUAUAUACCCGAUUCCACGAAUCGAUUACCUGCUUGACCAGCUUCGAGGAGCCACGGUAUUUUCCAAACUGGAUGUGGGACCUGGAUACUUGCAGAUAAGAAUGGCAGACAAUUCCAUCCACAAAACUGCCUUCCAAACUCGGUACAGGUCGUACAAGUAUCUGGUAUUGCCGAUCGGACACACCAACGCACCGGCAACAUUCCAAGCCAAAAUGAACCACAUUCUACACCCACUCUUCGACGAAUGCGUGGUGGUAUACCUGGAUAACAUCCUCAUCUGCUCGCUCGACAUGAAGCAGCACGUCGAACACCUGCGAUGCGUCUUCGACAUUCUUCGACGAGAACGAUUCUACGUCAAAUUGUCCAAGAGAGGAUUCGCCCUCAAGAAGGUUGGAUUCCUAGGACACAUGGUGAGCGUUCAAGGAGUUCACGUCGACCCCAAGAAUAUCGAAGCUCUACGCACUUUAGUGUCAACUUAUACAUAUGUUUAUAUGUAGAGGGUACAACUCCAACCCUAU